AUGGCGCUCCCGGCGCUCCCUCCGAAUACGCUGCGCAUGCUCAAAAUCUGCAUUCCCAUUGCGCUUGUCUUUCUUUCCCUCGUUUAUACGUUGCAUGUCGGCUCUCUCGCCGGCCCGAUCCAGGCCAUCAAGAAUGCCGCCUCGCCCGCGGGCCGACGCGGCUUCAGCGACAUGAUUUAUACUCUCUACGAGCCCAUCAAGCUUCCAGUCACCGCUCAACACUACACCGACCAGCGGGGCCACACCUUCGACAAUGGUGGCAGGGACUACUGGAAGAAGCCCAUGGGGAAAGAUCUCCUGAUUGUGGAAAUCGAUACACGGAACCCCAGUGGUGAGAAUGAGAUAUUCAACGCCAAGAAGCUGGACUGGGAGGCCGUGAGGGCCUCGGGUUCGGGCCUGUUGACGGUGUCUCACAUCAACCACUUCAUCUACUCCCAGAUCCACGGUUAUGAUUACAAAUUCUUCCACGCGCGGAAGAUGGCAGAUCACUGGGAUACCUGGAUCAAGCCGCACGUUCUCCUGGAAGUGCUCCGCGACUACAAAUUUGUUGUCUUCAUCGACGCCGAUGCUAUCAUCCAGCACCUCGAGGUGCCCAUGGAGUUCCUGUUCAACCGGUGGAGCAUCACGCCAGACACGUCGAUCGCGAUGCCCAUCGACACGCAGCAGGUCAUGAACGACACGGGAGUCAAUAUCAGCACCGACAGCAAAGGAAACGUGGUGCUCAACAGCGGUGUGGUCGUGCUCCAGAACCUCCCAUACACCCACGAGAUGCUGCAGGCGUGGGCGGAAUGCACGACCGAAAAGAGAUACCCGGGGUGCGGGAAGUGGAAGAAUCGCUGGAGCCACGAGCAACGCGCAUUCUCCGAGUACAUCCGCUACGACUUCAACCCGUCCGGGAACAACAUUGUGGAGAUCCCCUGCAACGAUGCAAACGGAUACCCAGGACUCUUCCCCAAGGCAGGCAUCAUUGACGACUGCAAGGGCGAGUUCAUACGCCACUACACACUCAACAAACCAAGCGCCAAGGCAAGCACAGGCGACGUCCUAAUGCAAAGCAUAAGCGAGCUGCUGCAGAAGAACUUUGCGAGAAACGAGAAGGAUCUCCUCAUCGAGGAGGCAAAGGCGGAGCCAGAGCCUGAGCCGGGGGCGGAAUGA